CAGGGCUGGAGCUAUUCCUGACCGAGUGCUGCUCAUUUCUCGCUCACUUGCACCCGAAACACCAGCGACUACACUGGACGGGGUUCCUUUUUUUCUUUUUUCUUUUUUUUUUUUUUUUUUGCGUGAAAAAAUCGAGACCCCUUCAUCCUUGUCGUUUUCCCACGCUUCCAAACAGUAGCUAUCCGCCCACUAUCGCUUCUUGAGUCCCCUUCCUUUUGAUCGCCCAUCUGCUUUCCAUCAGCUCCUUAUUUAAGACCUGACAGAUGAAGCACACUAAAUAAAUAGUCCUUCUUACCUACAGAAGCACUGAGGAUGAACCAAGCUGGGUUAUGCUUCACUUUAUUAAUGCUGUAAAGUGCACUGGGCCUGGACUGGGUGAGACUUCUUAAGAUGUUUUAUCCUGGUGUUCCUUGCCCUUGAUUGAAGAAAAGGAUUUGCCUGUGAAUACCAGGUGUAGCAAACCUACCUCUACCUACCACACCUUCUCUUCAAGCAUCCUGAACCAGUGAUGGUAAGAGAAGAAACGAGAGGCCACCAGUGCGUUUGUAUCCUGGCACCGUUCCUAACUCAACGUUCGACUGUAUCGCCAUGAGGUUUCUGCCUGAUCUGUGGAUGGAGAGCUGCUAAUUUGCAUGCCGCAGAGUGUGAGUGGAGUUGAGAUGAGGAAACAGCAGCAGGCCCACAUUGAAGGACCCCCUCAGGCCCCCGGGCACCCGAGACCGAACACCUGCUGUCUGUGCUGGUGCGGCUGCUGCAAAUGCCUCUGGAAUGAAGAGAGUAGGGAACAUCCCGAGCGGCAAACAUGUACAAAAAUGGACAGCAUAGAAGCAACAGAAGAACAGCAUCCCACACUGGAUGAAGUUGUAGCCUGGGCACGAAGCUUCGAGCUCAUGAUGCGCUCCUCAGAGGGCAGAGACAUUUUUCGGCAGUUCCUCCGGUCCGAGUACAGUGAGGAGAACCUGAUGUUCUGGAUAGCCUGUGAGGAAUUAAAGAAGGAAACCAACCCAGCAGCUAUAGAUGAGAAAGCAAGGAUCAUUUAUGAGGAUUAUGUUUCUAUCCUGUCACCAAAAGAGGUCAGUUUGGAUUCCCGGGUGAGGGAGGGCAUCAACCAGAGCCUGUCAGAGCCCAGCAGCCUGAUGUACGAGGAGGCACAGCUCCAGAUCUACACGCUCAUGCACAGAGACUCAUUCCCACGUUUCCUCAACUCAUCUGUUUACAGGGACCUCCUGGAACGAAAGAGAGCCUGCUUAGACACCUAAGGUUCCAGCCAAAAACUCAAGACAAAAAAAAAACGUCCUAAGGUGCCACUACGGAAAGGUGUGAGGUUUCCUAUACAUAGAGCGAGUAGUUAAGCAAUUCUUACCGUCCAGUAGUGAGCCCGAAGUUCACUUCCUGUUUAAGUGCCAAUAUGAGCUGCUCAGCCAACUGUGACAAAAAGAAUCGUGUAAGGAAAACCAUCCGAGCCCUACUUCCUGUUCUUUACUUCUCCUUCCCUCUGUCUGUCUGUCUGUCUGUCUCUCUCUCUCUCUCACCCUCCACGUGUUCCCCUUUCACUUGCCUCAUGUGUUUGAGGACAGCUGAAUAAUGAUCAUUUUUAUGAUUGGAUAAGAGUUGUUACAACAGGUAACGCCUGACUUUGCAUGAUACAAGAUUUUGGAAUUGGUUCUAGCUUUGACGUUUAACUCCUGGCAGGACUGCAGUGGUUUUCGAAUAAGAAAUGUACGUCUUAUGCUGUCAUGAGGAAAGAGCCUUUAAAGCUCUUGUAAGCUAAGGGAAAAUGUAGUUUUGACAAUUUUUCUGUUGGAAGCAUUACCACUGUCAUCCGUCUGCCCAAUUUCUCGUCCGUCGUAACAACUUUUUCACUGGGAUAUGUAAGGGCUAGUGUUGUGGUUGGGCAGCUAAACAAACCAUGAACAUGACUUUCCUCUGCAAAAAUCACAAUGCCUCGAUAUCGAUUAAGGGCACAGAAGCUGCUGACGCUGACCAACAACCACAGUUAAUUGUGCGCGUCCUCCCAGGCCCUCCCAGUCCACUCGUCCCUGAGAGAAGCACAGGUACUGUAUGUCACUUGUUGUAAGCAUUGCUGGAUUAAGAGUUUUGCUUGAAAAUAAAUCAGCAACAUCUCAGAGGUACGUGAGAGAAUUAGAACUGUCAUUUACAUUGAAAUGCCUUUUUUUUUUAAACCAAGUCUUAAGGUUGUGAACACUGCCUUGUUUUUAAAGGCAUCACUGUAUUUGAAAUAAUGACUUAUGUCUUUGUUCAGGCACUGCACAAUGACACAUUUUUCUCAGAGGUGAUGUUAAGUAACAUGCUUCUGGUUUUAAUAUAAAAGUUUGUUUUGUUUUGUUUUUGUUUUUUUGUUUGUUUUUGUUUUUUUUUGUGGACUGAUUUGUAUUGAUGGUUAGCUGAUUAUAUGUGUAGGCUUCAUGGACUUGUCUGUAUGAAGCUCAUGAAGCAUUUUGACUGUUGGCCGCUUUGUGGUGAUAGUGUUUUAAAGAGGCCACCAGGAGCAGUGCACAGCCUGUUAGCAUGCGUUUAUGUCUUUGUGCACUGAACAUGUCAGAAUAUACAAUCCGAGUAACCACUAUGGAUGAAAUUGCGCUAACCAUUCUUGAAAGCGUUUCUAUACGGUUAGAAUUUUUGUCCCUGAAAAUGAUAGUAUUUUCAGCUCAAUUUUCUUAGAUUCAGACUUGAAUCUUUUGCUGUCAACUCGAUGCCAAUUUAUUUCCUGUUGCAGCAGCCAGUGCAUGACAAAACAGUAUAUAAAUGCCUGCUUGGUAUCAUCACGUUCUCGUCUCUUAGCUUUUAAUAAGAGUAAAUUACGCCGAUCGUAUCCUUGUUCAACACGCUUUGAGUUUGAAGAUGGCACUUUGAUGAAAUGGUUUGCUAAUGAGUGAGCCCGAGUUCGUUUUGAAUUUCCUUUUUUUUUUUUUUUUUUUGGUGCUUGGAAAAGCACUUAAAGUGCCAAUCUCUAGAUGUACAAUAAUUCACUGAAGACCUUUGUCACUCAACCAGCAUUGCACUGAUGCCAUUUUUAAAAUCACUGUUAUAGCAUUAGUGGAUUCACACAUCAGCAUCAGCCAAUGCGAAGAGAGAACUAGGUCAGCCUGCAAGCCUUUACACGUCUUACUAAAAAACAACUUGCAUGCGUUUCCAGGAUUUGGACCUGAAUUGAAUUGGAGUGCGUUUGUUUCUCAUUCAAAACGUGAACUUGCUGACUCAAAAGACAAUAAGGGAAAUUUACUGAAUAUAACUUGUGUGUAUUAAUAUAUUUUUUAAAAAUACAGCUAUUGUUGGAGGGGCCGAGAGACGUGUAGUGGGAAUCAGUGACAGUGUUGAAUCAUCUUAGGUUAGUACAAGUGCUUUGGCCUCUUAGAUAUCAGUGAAAGUCUAUGGUGAGUAUUUUUAAUAAAAGUGGUACAAGCCCA